AACCUUUUUUUGUUGUAUUGUACUGUUGUCCAGUAAGCCAGAUCUUGUGCCCACAACUUGAAAAUAUGUCUGCUAAUAUAAUAUCUGGCUCUUUUCAUGGUGUAUAUUGUACCCCUAAGAUGGUAUUUUCACUUUAACAAGCUUAAUUGACAUGCUUUCCCUUUUUCAGCUGAAGACUGCUAGGGAAGCAGUGAACUUUGGUCUUACAGGAAGUGUUAUUGGAGCAGUAUCAACUGCUGGCGUUGCGUGGAAAUAUUCAAGGAGUUUGCAUGGUGCUGGACUAUCCUUUCUAGCUGGAGGUGUUUUUGGUUGGACAUUUGGACACGAAAUUGCAAACCACUGGCUGCAACUUUACAGGUUGGACACAUUGGCUGCACAAACUAAGUUCCUGGAGUGGUGGGAAGACAAGAAUGAGAGACGGUCUUAAACUUGGGUUGCUCUUGGAAGCAAUAUAAUAACCGAUGCUCCAGUUCUACAAUAAGAAUCAAACACAGUUGUGUUGAAAAAUGUAAUGAUGAAAGAUUGUACUUUACCUUUAUGCUAGAUUGUUUUAAUUUGGGCUUUAGGAAUUAUCUGCUACCUUCUCAGAAUCAAUCUGAUGAAAUUGCGGUGUUGUGAUCUUUUUAGAGCUGCUAUUUCGUUUAACAGUUUGAACUUUGUGAAUCGUGAUGAAUUUUUAUGGGGGCUGAAAAUAAUGCUGCAUUUGGUGAUGAUUUAGAUGUUA